AUGAAGGCUUUUCCCAUGAUACUCGUCCGCGAGUUCAACGGACGAGAGACUAGCUACCGUGUUGCGGCCCGUCGAGCUCGCAACUACUGGGAACUCCUCGCGAACGUACACAACAUCUUCGUCAAGCCGUGGGAACGCUACAACGCUCAUCUUCAUUUCGACGGUCAUGCUUGCGACGACCGGAUAAGCCCCAGCGAAUGGGAUGCUGGAGGCUACUUCGAUCCCGAAUUUGUAGUGGACGGCAGACUGGUACUAUAUGUACACUUCGAACAGGUGGAACCACCACCAGAAUCUAGCAUGGAUGCACACAAUCCUUUUAAGACGGAGGAAGAAGAUAAGCUAUGGUACCGGGGAACAUAUGGCGAUCAGGGAUUUCGAUCGAAGAGAAAGUUCACGGAAGACAUCGAAGACUACCUUGGAGAAUCGAAGAAAGAUUCGUCUAAGCCCUUCCCAAAGGGAUUGCCACACAACCCUUUCAAUACAGAACCGGACCUCAAGUCGACCUAUACACUCAAGAGCACACUCGCGUUCCCGGUUGCUGCUAAUGAGGUGGUGACCGUAGAUGACUCGAGCAGCAGUCAUCAUCUCGACACUGGCGUCGUGAUUGGGCGCGCCCUCCCACAAAGCUGUCUCGAUCCUAAUGUUCGCCCUGUCGUUCGCGCCGUGAUCAGCAAAGUCGGUGCUGUAGUCGCCUACAUUCCCGCGAAAUACUCAAAACGGAGCGCAAUCAAAGGAGAUAUACAGAUCGCGAUGACGCACGUGGAAUAUACACCCGAGCUGGUCAGGUUUACCUUCGGCGAAGAGAGAACGCGAGCCAUAAAAGCUAUGAUCGAAGAGCGAAAUGCACCUCACAACACGGAUACACCUCCAGAUCCUGGUCUCCCUACCGUGAGUCCGUCACUACCGAUCGUCCGUGAAGCUACCGCAUCUGAGGUGUCGUUCAUCAUCAUUGAUGAUACAAAGCAUCCAGGCCUGCGCAAAGAAGGAGUCGUCAUUGGUCAUGCGAAGGAACACUGGUGUCUUACACCACACAAACGUCCUGCUGUUCGUGCAAUGCUGAAUAAGAAGAACAACGUCAUCGCGUAUAUUCCCGCACGACACACCGGACAUACGGACAGGAACGGUGAGAUACAGAUUCCAUUAAAGGACGUAAAUCUCUCGAAGUUGCUCGUAGCGUUGCCGCUGUGGAAGCUCUCUGACGCGAUCAGAGCAAUGAUCAGGGCGAAGAGGGAGACAAGCGAGAAGUCUGCGGUGCAUGGGUCAGGUGACCAAGAGGGAGGCGUGAUGAAAAGGAGGAGAGAAACAAAGACCAAGCAAGCUACCGGGACUGCCGCGAACGAUGACGAAACGGACUCUUUUUCGGAUUCUACAGACGUUCCCGAAGGCGGUGCUCAACACUGA